AUGGCAAUACCCUAUAGAAAUAACACUUUAGACGUCAUUAGAAUGAUUCUUCAAGAUCGUGAUACCCGAGCAUUCUUUCCAAAUGAUGACGCCAAACAACGAAACCAUGUGAGGGCUAAAGGCCAAAUACACAGCUCAGAUGGUCAGGCAGCUUCAUAUGUAAAUCGCGGAACGCAAAAGACACGUGAAGUGGAAGAGGACGGUAAGUUCAGACAUGACGUUCAUGCCAGAGAGAUU